AAUUGGGCUUCCCUUAUCCUAAGGACCUGGCAACUGACAUAGUCAUCAGAUCCUUGCCUGAAGAUUUUCAUAACUUUAAGUUGAACUUCUACAUGCAAGGAGGGGAGGCUACCCUGCAAGAGUUGCAUGGUUCACUAAUUCAGGCUGAGAGAAACUUACCAAGUAAACCUAAACAUAAGGAUGUUCUAAUGGUUAGUAAAGGUAAGCAGUUCAAGAAGAAAGGGGCUCCCAUGAAGAAGAACAAGGGCAAGGUAGUUGCCAAUGAGAACUCUUCAACCAAGCCAAAGGCCACUCCAAAGGCUAAGGUAGCUGCUCAACAUGAGUGCUACCACUGCCACAAGAUUGGUCAUUGGAAGAGGAACUGCCCCAAGUAUCUGGAGGAAAAGAAGACUGGUGCUUCAAUUUCAGGGACUAAAAAGAAGUAGGAGCUUGAGCAAAGGCGAAGUGGAUCUCCGAGUAGGCAAUGGAGCAAGAGUUGCUGCUUUAGCUGUAGGAGAUUAUAGUUUACGCUUGCCUUCUGGUUUAAUAUUAGAACUUUAUAAUUGUUAUUACGUUCCAGUUAUUA